AUGACUGUGACCAUGAGGAUCAAAAGUUUUCUUCUUGCACUCUCUAUGUUAUCCUCCUCCUUGGUUUUCGCCGAUUCGGAUAAUGGGUUUCUGAGAAUAAGUCUCAAGAAGUGGCCUUUAAGCCUUAAAAGAUUGAAAGCUGCAAGAAUCAGUCAUAAUCAAUAUCCUUCCACUGAAAAUAACAUCCAAGCUGUUAUAUAUUUGAAAAAUUAUCUAGAUAUUCAAUAUUAUGCAGAGAUUGGUAUUGGUUCACCUCCACAACCUUUGACUGUUGUGUUUGAUACUGGAAGCUCAAAUCUUUGGGUCCCAUCUUCAAGAUGCAUUUUUUCUAUUGCUUGCUAUCUUCAUUCUAAGUUCAAAGCAAGGCUCUCCUCUACCUAUACCAAAAUUGGAAUACCUUGUAAAAUUCCUUAUGGUUCUGGAUCCAUUUCCGGGUUCUUCAGCCAGGAUAAUGUAAAAGUUGGAGAUGUUGUUGUUAAAGAUCAAGAAUUUGUUGAGAUCACAAAAGAAGGACUUUUAGCAUUGUUAGGUGCAAAGUAUGAUGGUGUUCUUGGACUUGGAUUUCAGAAUAUCGCCGUUGAUCAAGCCACACCAGUCUGGUAUAACAUGGUAAUUCAAGGCCAUAUGGUCCAGAAAGUUUUCUCUUUCUGGAUAAAUCGAGAUCCAAUGUCAAAGGUGGGAGGCGAGAUUGUCUUCGGAGGUAUUGAUUGGAGGCGGUUUACUGGUGAACAUACUUACUUUCCGAUUACUCGAAAGGGUUACUGGCAGAUUGAGGUGGGAGAUGUGCUUGUUGCUGGCCAGUCCACAGGCCAGUGUGCAGCUGGAUGCGGCGCCAUUCUUGACUCGGGCACUGCCUUCCUUGCCGGUCCAACUGCAAUUGUUGCUCAAAUAAACCUUGCUAUUGGAGCUGAAGGAAUUGUAAGCUUGGAAUGUAAAAAUGUAGUUUCAAACUAUGGAAAUUUCGUAUGGGAAUACUUAGUAUCAGGGUUGAGGCCUGAGUUAGCAUGUGUAGAUAUUGGACUGUGUCCAUAUAAUGGAUCAAAAUAUGUGAGAAAAAACAUUGAGACAGUAUUAGUUCAUAAUGGAACUCGAUCGGGAUCGGUUAAUGAGACUCCCUUAUGUACUUUCUGUGAGAUGAUUGUGUUUUGGUUUCAAGUACAACUUAAACAACAAAAGGCAAAGGACAAAGUAUUCAAAUUUGCAAAUGAGUUAUGUGAAAGGCUCCCUAAUCCUUUGGGAAAGCCAUUUAUAGAUUGUGAUAAGAUUGGAGUCCUUCCAGAUGUAACAUUCACCAUUGGAAACAAAACCUUCUCCCUUUCCUCGGAACAGUAUAUACUAAGAGUUGAAGAAGGUUGCUCUACUUUUUGCAUUAGUGGAUUUGUUUCCUUGGACAUUCCUCCUCCACAAGGCCCCCUCUGGGUUCUUGGAAAUCUGUUCUUGGGAGCGUAUCAUACCGUGUUUGAUUUCGGAAAUUCCCAGAUAGGAUUCGCAAAAGCAGUGUAAUGACAGUAAACUGCUAAGCUAAGGCCAUCUCCAAUGGGACACUAAAACACCAAAUAUAGUGUAGUUUCACACUAUAUUUACUCUAAUGGGACACUAAACCUAUCCUUAUAAAUGGCAUUGUCUACAGUGUCCCACCAAAUUUAGUGGGACACUAGAGACCACACUAUUUUUUUAAAAAAAGUUUUUAAUAAUUAAAUAAUACUUUAAAGAAGAAAAAGUAAAUAAUUAUAUAUAUUUAGUAUUAAAAUAUUCUUAUUAUAUUAAUAAAAUAAUAAAAUAAUAAAGAAUAUAAAAUUUGGUGUAAUUUUUAGUAUUGUGAUUGGAAUUGAAAAAAAAUUUAAUGUUGAAAUAGUAGUUUUUUGGUGUUGAUUUAACACUAAAUUUAGAUAUCCUCAUUGGAGAUGCCCUAAAGUUACUAGAUUGUAAAUGAAAUAGUACUUCAUAAUCAUAAGAUUGAUGUCAUUUGCUUGCAAUGCAAGUAACUCUCUAUAUAAAUAUUAGGGCUUUGUGUAGCCCUUUGAAACUAAAAUCAGUGUGUAAAAUGUAAUGAUUGUUCCAUUACCAUUUACUUUUUUAAUCUCAAAACUCAAAAUUGAAGAGAAGAUUAGGAUCCACAGAUAUAGUUUUCAUGAAAACUGUUCAUGUGGGGUGUUUGUUUUCUCCACCUCCCUUGUUUGACUCCUCCACAGUUUUUUAUUGUUUAUUUACUUUAGUGGUAAGAGGAAAGGAAUAUGAGCCAUGAAGUUAUUCAAAAAAACCAAUAGGGAAAGUGAUUCAUUAUCAUUUAUAUCCAAAGUCUUCAUUGUUAUCA